CACCUUGGAUCCUAGCAACCCACGGGCCGACUAUCGAUCAAACGAGGUCGUGUAAAAAAUCAGCAAAAACAGGGAAAAUUCCACCACUUUAACGCCGUACACGUUCCGGAUCGGUUCUGCACAGGAAGAAGUUGUUAAAAAUGUCCACCGCCGUAGCACGCCGAGGCGGCGCCAAAGUCGUCCGCGGAGGAAAAGGUAAGCAAGGUGCGGCCGCUCCGCGCAAAGGGUCCGUCUUCGGGGGUGGUCCGGCCGGCAAGGACAAACUUUUUGCCGCGGCCAAACCGGACAACAGCGAGGAGUCCGACUCGACGGAUGCCGUCUCGUCCUCGGACGAGGAGGAACGCUGGAAGGAAUCCAAGCACACGAACGACGUACCCUCGGAGUACUGGCACAUCCAGAAGCUGGUCAAGUACAUGAAGGCCGGCAACCAAACCGCCACGAUUGUGGCCCUGUGCUGCCUCAAGGAUCACGACCUCACCACGCAGAUGAACCAACGGGCGAUUCAAGACUGCGGCGGGCUGGAAGUGCUCGUCAAUCUACUCGAAAGCAACGAUCUUAAGUGUCGACUGGGGGCACUGACGGUCCUGUCGGAAGUUUCGUCGAAUUUGGACAUCCGCCGGUCGAUAGUUGACCUAGGAGGUAUUCCGCUGUUGGUGCAGAUACUGUCGGAACCCGGGCGCGAUCUCAAAAUCAUGGCCGCCGAAACGCUCGGCAACGUGGCCAAGGUGCGGCUCGCCCGGAAGCUGGUCCGCAAGUGCGACGGAGUGCCGCGAUUGGUCGAUCUGCUGGACGUUCCCAUUAGUGUACUCCGUUCCCAGCGCGACCAGCUGAGCGAGGACGAGCGCGAAAUGCUGGACAUGGCCCGGGCCGGUGCCCGCGCCCUCUGGUCGCUUUCGGAGUCGCGCCACAACAAGGAGCUCAUGUGCAAGGGCGGCAUCGUCCCGCUGAUGGGCCGUCUGCUGAAGAGCGUCCACAUUGACAUUGUGGUUCCGACUAUGGGUACCAUACAGCAGUGCGCCUCGCAAGCCAACUACCAGCUGGCCAUCACGACGGAGGGCAUGAUCUACGACAUCGUGUCGCACCUGACGUCGGACAACCUGGACCUGAAGCGGCAGUGCAGUUCGGCGAUCUUCAAGUGUGCCAGCGAUAAGACCGCUAGCGAUAUGGUGCGGGAUUCGGGGGGUUUGGAACCACUGGUAGGUAUUGCAAAGGACAAGACGGUUCGAGACAACAAGCCCCUGCUGGCGGCCGCAACCGGAGCGCUCUGGAAGUGUGCGGCCAGCGAGGCGAACGUUAAAAAGCUGGACCAACUAAAAACCGUUCAGGUGUUGGUCCAGUUGCUCAACGACGAAAGCGAAGAUGUCCUCACGAACGCCGUCGGCUGCAUUUCCGAGUGUGUCAAGUACCAGAACAACCGCGAAAUUCUGCGCCAGUUUAACGGAAUUCCGUUGCUGGUCAAUUUGCUCAACAUGACGCACGCCCCCCUGCUGGAGAACAUCGCCAAAACGUUGAAAGAGUGUGCCUCCGAUCCGGAAAGCAUGACCAUUAUGGAAGAACUGGACGCGAUCCGCCUGAUUUGGUCCCUGCUCAAGAACUCUAACCCGAAAGUACAAGCUCACGCCGCGUGGGCACUCUGUCCUUGUAUCGAAAACGCUAAGGAUUCCGGUGAACUCGUCCGCAGCUUCGUCGGAGCACUCGAGCUCGUCGUCGGCCUGCUCAGCUCCCGGGACAACUUUGUCCUCUCGGCCGUCUGCGCUGCGAUCGCCACCAUCGCCAAAGAUCGGGAAAACCUCUCUGUCCUGUCGGACCACAAGGUCAUCCAGAUGUUGGCCCACCUGGUGUACACCACCGAUGAUCUGCUGCGCGAGAACCUGGCGGCGGCCAUCGCGAGCUGUGCACCGUACGCGAACAACACCCAAGAACUGGGCAGACUGCGCACCGUUACGCCCAUCGUCGGGUACAUGGUCAGCAACAACCCGCGCGUUCACCGGACCACGGCCAUGGCGCUGCAGAAGCUGUCGGAAGAUCCGCAGAACUGCAUUACGAUGCACCAGAGUGGCGUGGUUCCGUUUUUGCUCGAGACGGUUGGCUCGAAGGAUCGCGAACUACAGGAAGCUUCGGCUGGGUGUUUGCAGAACAUCCGCAAGUUGGCGCUGCGAGCGGAGGAGCUGGAGUUUCGGGGCGAAUGAUGCUUUCGAUUGGUUGAUUAUUGUAUUUUGUAUUGACGUUAUGUACGGCACUUAUUUUGCAAUUAAAUUUGUCACGGUUUGAACACA